CCAGGGUGCAGCGCUGUUUGGCCAUGUGAUGUGAGCUGAACUCUGCUAGGAGAGGUGAUCAGGACAUGACAUAGAGAGGGACCUCACCAUCCAGCUGUGCCUGUCAGUGACAACCAGAUAUGGCCAGUAGAAGUAUAAUGAGAACUUUCCUGGAUUCAGUCCCAGGGAAGAGGAGAUUAGGUGUCUAUCGAUUCCUUCCCUUUUUUUUCGUCCUGGGAGGUGCCAUGGAAUGGUUCAUGAUCAAUGUUCGGAUUGGCAGGGAAACAUUUUACGAUGUAUACAGAAGACGUCAAUCAGAGAGACAAUAUGAAGAAAAUACUCAACAGCCAUCAGAAAAAUCCUGAUAUGUUUAUAUAAUAAUCGUAAUUGGUGUCUAUCUUAACUUAAUUAAAUAUGUAUUUUCAAUAAACGA